AUGGCAAUGAUGAGGAUAUAUGAAAACCUGAACGCAGGUCAUGGCAUGGGAACAACGCAGACGAUCCGACAAAGACUGAAUGAGAAGGCACAGACUAAAUACACACAGGAGGCUAAUGAGAGAAUUUUAAGUGAAGAAUGGAGGAAAAUGCAGUGGACUGGCAAAACCAAUGAUCUCCAGAGCAUAAAUAAUUACCAGCCUCAUAACUCUGAGCUCCAGCACCUCAGAAUUCUUCUUCAUGGACCCGUUGGUGCCGGCAAGUCCAGCUUCAUCAACUCAGUUGACGCUCUUUUACAAGGCAGAAUGGCCGCAAAUGCUUUGGCAGAUGCAAUUUCUGGAAAGAGCUUCACUAAAACAUAUGAAACUUUCAAAAUCCAAAAAGGAGGACCAGGAACUUUUUAUCCUUUUGCCUUCACUGAUAUCAUGGGCCUUGAGAAGGACACAGGAGUUAAGGUGGAAGACAUCAUACUGGCCAUGAAGGGGCACGUGAAGGAUGGUUACAAGUUCAAUCCUCAAUCUUCAUUAUCUGAACAUGAUCAUGAGUACAUCAAGGAGCCCACUCUAAAUGACAAAGUUCAUGUUUUAGUGUCUGUGAUCGAUGCCAACAAAAUAAAACUUAUGAGUGAUGAUAUAAUAAAACAGAUGAGGACUGUCAGACUUGCAGCCAGGGACAUGGGAAUUCCCCAAAUGGCAAUUCUCACCAAAAUUGAUGAAGCCUGUCCAGAAGUCAAAAAAAAUAUAAGAAAUGUGUAUAAGAGCACCUGGUUGAAGGAACAGAUGGAGACAGUCAGUGUGACAUCGGGUAUUCCACUGUACUGUAUCUUUCCUGUCAAGAACUACCACUCUGAGAUCCAAACCGAUGAUGACGUCAACACACUGAUACUGGCUGCUCUGAAGCAGAUGAUCGACUUUGGAGAGGACUACGUCAACAAACUGCAGACCUGCUGA